ACAUGAUUUGUUAUAUUCAGUUGGUGAUACAGAAUUGCGUACAAUGGUGAUGUUUAAGUUGGAGGUGUAGUUUUUGAUUUUUAGUGGCGGAAAUUGGAAAACAAUGGCGUCAAUACCGAAGCCUGGAAGAAUUCCUAAAUGUGCCCGCUGUAGAAAUCAUGGCAUGAUCUCGACACUAAGGGGACACAAAAAACAAUGUAUUUACAAGAACUGCAACUGCCAGAAAUGUGGAUUGAUCAAAGAAAGACAGAGGAUUAUGGCUGCUCAAGUUGCCCUGAAGCGCCAACAAGCAGCCGAAGAUGCGAUUGCGCUCCAUUUAGCAGCAAAAGAAAGUGGCACUACUUACGAAUAUUUACCUCCUGGACGUAUUUUUGGCAUGCAGGUUACCUCACCCGAACCAGAAGCGUCAGCAGCCAAGAAUGAUUCCAGCAAUUCUGCAGAUUCUUCAAAUCAAGACGAUAUAGAAGUAAGUCAAGCAUCAAUUGACAUGUUGGCUCAGCUGUUUCCGAACAAGAAAAGGAGCGUGCUGGAGUUGGUGCUUACACGAUGCAACCAUGACCUCCGAAAAGCAAUAGAACACGUCAACAUAAACAACAACCAAGAGUCAACGGAUUCCCAACCUUCAAACGAGGAAUCCGCCUCAGCUUUUCGUCCAGUGAACAACGCAAUGAAGUCCGGUAAACCAUACGUCGUGCCCCACUCCGGCAGCUUUUCCUUGAUUCCAAAUAAGACUUUUAGUUUAUAUCCUUUUUGGCCUUUAUUUAAUUACCAACUUCCACAGCCUAUAUUACCCAGUCCAGUUUUGGUUCAGGGGAUUUGCGAGUGCGAUCAGUGUAGGGCUUCUACAAGAGUGAAUGUGGGUCCAGGUUGAGCUUUCAUGGCAAUGUUGAAAUAAAAUACAUACAUAGAAGUUACCUUUAAGUGUAGGUUUAUUCAUAAAUACUACUUUUCAUGUUGGUCAUGUAAUGUAAGACCAAUAGAGAUAAAUUAUGCAUCACUAUUAUUGUAGUAACUUUGUUUAUCUUUACAUUUUUAUUAAUUGCCCUAAGAUACAAAGAAUGGGGUUAUACAUACCAGCUUUUCAUCUUUUUAGAAGCUUUAAAAUAUAUCUUCCGUCGACCGUC